AUGAAUUCCAACACGCAUUGUGGUAGCCAAAAGUCGGUUUGCAGGGAAACUCGUCCAGCUCGUGGGUUCACUCCUUCAAGCAAUCCAGUAACAUACAUCGUCCCGUUCAACGGGCUCAGAGCGACUAGCACCGGUGCUGGCAUUGGUCUGGUGACUGGACGUGGCGGCAAUGUAGGCCGGUCUGGCCACGGACGGAUGGGAGCCCAGAGACCGGGUGAGCUUGCUGAUUGGUGCUGUCACGCGAGUCAUGUUGAAUAA